GUUGAGGGAAAUUGUUUGACUGUGCUUUAGCGAUUGAGACGAAAGGCAGGGCGCUAGUCUUCUACCCUCUGGAUCGAAAUUACUCAUACCUGCAAGCGCCAGCUUCAAGUGUGCAAACAAACACCUCCGUGCGCACGCGACAUCUCCGCCGAACACCGCGAUUCCCCGCAAGCAUCUAUCAUCGAUCGACCUUGAUCUUCGAAUCGCGCAGCCAGUCAGUCCUUCGCCUCUGUCUGGGACCAACUCUCCCCCGACACUUUAUAAAACACCAACCUCUUCCGAAUCAGCGAUAUAAAAAUGCCCACCAUGUGGCUAUCCGACAACCAGAAGAUAGGAGUAAUCUUCUGCUCCGCCGGCGCCCUCUUCCUCUUCGGCGGAGUCCUCAUGUUCUUCGACCGCUCCCUACUCGCCAUGGGCAACAUCCUCUUCCUAAUCGGCCUAACGCUCAUCAUCGGCGUAGAAAAGACCUUCGCCUUCUUCUCACGCCGCCAGAAACUCAAAGGCACGGCCGCCUUCACGGCGGGCAUCCUGCUGAUCCUCCUCCGCUGGCCGCUGACAGGCUUCCUCAUCGAGCUGUACGGGCUGUUCAUCCUGUUCGGCGACUUCCUGGUGACCAUCGGCCAGUUCGCGGGGAAUAUCCCUGUCGUGGGGCCGUAUAUCCGGACGGCGCUGGAGACGUUGGCGGGUGGGCGCCGGAAUGCCGAGUUGCCGGUGUGAGAGCCGCGCCGGUGCUGUGAACCUUGACCCCGGCGAUAGGGUUGGGGUUGGGGCUGGGGGAGGGGAUGCGUGUUCUGGCUUUGCGAGCUGGAGGGG